AAAAGAUCUGAGUGAAUGAGCAAGUGCGGCGCUUUUAAGUAACAAUAUGAAAUAUUCUUCUCCGAUAGAGGAAGAUCAACUACCUUGCAAUUGAAGGGGACACUGAGACGAACGAGAAACAACCAGCUUUUUAAUUUUGGUCUAUAAAAAUAAUGAUGACAUAGGUAGGCUACAAAGAUGACCAAUUGCGAACUGUUUUGCUCCCAGACAAACCAGAGGAACACAUUCAGGUGCCACGUAGCGCAAGAGCGCGCGUGUCUUCUCCGUAUUCUUUGUUAUCCAGGAUAAUAUUCAGUUGAAUAAAAGUUGUUGUUGUUGUGACAAGUCUAGAAAUAUUCCUCACCUGCACGAGUAUUUUUGCCAACUUUUUGAAGCAAUUAUUUUCUCACCAUCAUCUACGGAUCUACGGUGCACCUUCACACAAACCGGACUCUCCAUAAAUAGGUGAAGAUCGAAGAUGCGGGGGCAAUGGAGAGCUGUUAUUAUUUGAUGCUUCCGACAGGCAUUAUUGGAAAGAUGACAAUUUUCAACGCUGACUUCCUCAAAGAAUCACCGUGCGGUCAUGUGUUUUCGGAGCGGAGAGACUUCUAUAGCAGUAUCUCAAAUGCAUGAUCUGACCAUCCAUGUCUGGGGUGUGCUGUUUAUGGUAAAUCUGUAGCAUGAUGAGCAGUGAUUUGGAGCGCGUUUCACUCAAUUCAACGACGGCAAACUCGGGAAUUGGGUCGGGUGGCCGCGCGCUGUCAGCAAACGUUCGGAAGCUGCACAACGCGCUCAACCUGCUGCUCACAGACUUCGAGAGAGAACAGUUCAUACACUGUCUAAAUGUUUACCAUGCAAAGCGCAACGUCUUCGAUUUAGUUCAAACUCUCAAAAUAAUCCUCAACACGCCAAACAAACGGCAACUCCUCCCGAUGUUGCGGUUGGUCAUUCCGCGCUCAGACCAGCUGUUGUUUGACCAGUAUACUUCCGAGGGCCUGUACCUUAAAACGGACCAUCUACCGCAAAACAGUGGUAACAACCCUGAAAGCUCUGGAGGAGAAGUAGGCAAUGCUGCAAACCACCAUGUCCAAAUUCCCACUGCUCACUGUAUGAACCCUCAUGAUCUCUCUUGUUAUGCAUCACCAGGAGCGUGUCCCGGCAAGGAUGGUUUCAGCACCACUGCUGAUGGGACCGCUCCCCAGGCUUUCAUCCAGGGGGAGCCUUUUGGAGAGAUCCGCCAAGUGACACUGAGACGCAGAAAGAGCAAUGAGGGUUUAGGGUUCAGCAUCCGGGGAGGCUCCGAGCACGAUGUGGGAAUAUAUGUGUCGCUAGUAGAACCCGGAUCUUUUGCUGAGAAUGAGGGAUUGAGGGUCGGUGAUCAAAUAGUGACUGUUAACGACAUGCUGUUUGACAGACUCUCACACAUGGAGGCAGUCAAGGUCCUGAAGGGCUGUAAGAAGCUAGCCAUGUCAGUGUGUUCUGUGGGCCGUAUCCCUGGCGGUUAUAUCACCAACCACAUCUACACCUGGGUGGACCCUCAGGGCCGCAGUGUCUCCCCUCCCUCCGACCUGGAGAAGCAGGAGCAGCACAGCACCCUGGGACGGCAGGACAGCCAGAGACGUGGACACACACGGGAGAGGGCUGAGAAGACGAUCACCCUAAACUUGAACGAUGGUCUCUCUCUGGGCCUGAUGAUCAGAGGAGGGGCAGAGUACGGCCUGGGCAUAUACAUUACUGGAGUGGACCCAGGCUCAGCCGCAGACCACGGUGGACUCAAGGUGGGCGACCAGCUGCUGGAGGUGAAUGGGCGGAGCUUCGUGGCCAUCCCCCAUGAUGAGGCGGUGAGGAUCCUGAAGACGUGUCGCCACCUGCUGGUUAGGGUGAGAGACGUUGGCCGCCUGCCCCAUGCCCGCACCGUGGUGGACCAGACCAAAUGGAUCAGCAGCCCUAGCCCCCCCAGCCCACCGCCCAUAGCAGAGAGCACCGCCAGCCCAGCUACUACACGGCCAUCUUCAGCGCGGGCUACACCUGUAUUAGGAAAGUCAGUGUGUCGAGGUGCGUGGCCCCCAGGUUCCCAGGUGUCUCUGGAGGAGCAGGCCUUUCUGCUGCUGACCGACCCAGAGAGGCAGACCAUGGUUUACUACCUGCAGGAGUACCAGGAGGGACACAUCGGUCUGGAACCCCUGGCUAUGGCCCUGUUUGAACUCUUCAACACCCACGCCAAGUUAUCCUUGCUGUCUGAGGUGCGUAGCCUGGUGGCUCCCCAGGACCUGGAGCUGUAUGAUGGUCUGGUGCUGCACCGUGAGAGGGAGGCUCUGAAGGCCUGGCAUGGAGAAACAGGAACGUUGCAUCCACACAGCCACUGUGUACACACAGAGCCCUCAGCCAGCCACAGCCACUCCAACCCCACCACUCUCUGCUCUGCCAAGCAUGAGUGCUCACAUGGUGACAGUGUAGAGCAAGAUCCAGGGGUACGCACUAAUGCCCUACCUGACAUUACAUUGAAAGAAGUGCGGUCUACAGCUGAAUCUCCUCCAUCCUUCAAGCCAUCACUUCCCUCUGGCCAUACCCAGACGAGAAACCCCAAGGAGAGGGACCCUUCCAAGCGUCCCUCAUCCAGUCACUCCCAGUCUGGCCUGAUCUUUACUGCCCCCACCAGGCUACAUCAGGAAUGUCACCACAAAUCCCUCAAAGCCUUCAGCUCCUCCAACCACCAAACCUCCACCUCCCCUAGUUCUGGCCUCCAUCACACCUGUCCCAACCCUGGCCACCAAAACAGCCGCAACCCUGGCACCAACCACAGUGCCAAUCUAAGCUCUGCUCAUCAGACAUCCAUAAACUCUCUUCACCACACCUGCCAAAACUCCCUCCACAUCUCCACCCCCACCUCUGACCACCACCCCCACCAAGGAUGCCCUAGCUCUGGCCACCAUACCUGCCCCGGCUCCCUUGAUCACAACCCCUUGUCGUUCCCCUCUGCUCUUCCAACCCAGGAGACGACCAUCAAGCUCCCCAUCUUCAGAUCCUCUUCCCAUGAGAAGCCUGCUACCUCCCAUAAGACUGCCUCCCCUUGUCUCUCACCGUGUCCCUCCCCUGGUCUCUCCCCAUGUCUGUCCCCCUGUCCCUCACCCUGUCCCUCUCUCGCUGUCAUGAAGCCGCCCCCAUGUAGCCCAGACAGACCCUGUUCUCCCUGUUCUCCCUCCCUCAGCCAGGGAGGUCAGUGUGCCAUGGCAGGCGUACACAGACUGACUGCUGAGGUCAGGCCCCAGCCCCAGCAGAAAGGUGCCACAUUAUCCCAACUGUCAGACAGUGGUCAGACUCUGAGUGAGGACAGUGGGGUGGACAUUGCUGAUGCAGGAGGGCUGAGUAAAGACAGCAGUCCUCGGCCCAGUAAGAACCAGGCCACACAGCAGUCCCAAGUGGCCCAGGGACCUGCAGCACUGGCAUCCAAACAGCAGCCUGGCUCUCCAGUGCCCACCGCUACCCUGGUACAUGUGGUAAAGAAUGCCAAUACUCUGGGUAUCGCUAUAGAGGGAGGGGCAAACACACGCCAGCCGCUGCCACGCAUCGUCACCAUACAGAAGGGGGGCUCGGCACACGGUUGUGGGCAGCUGAAGGUGGGUCAGGUGAUUCUGGAAGUGAACGGUGUCUCCCUGAGGGGCCGUGAGCACCAGGACGCUGCUUGCAUCAUCGCUGAGGCCUACAAGUCCAAAGAGAGGGACCACAUUGACUUCCUGGUCACAGAGUUCAACGCAGCCCUCCUGCAGGGCCUCUUGCAGGGUCGUAUUCAUUAGCCACCAUACAGAAGAAAAUGGACUAAAAUAGAUAGGGACUACCUGAACUUGUCAAAUAAAUGCUUGUUCCUAUUUUCCUGCAGGGGCUUUAGCAGGACUUUGCACUUUAAGGUUUAACGGAAGGAGAAGGAGAAGGAGAGAACGGGAGGGAGAGGUCUGAGUGUUAAUAUAAACAAUCUAUCUUAGUCUCGUCUAAGCCUGUUCUCCCUUCCCACUUUUUUUGUCUGUAGAUCACAACCAGGCUUUCCAUGUAGAGUUGUAUUGCCAAAAUGCAUGACAUUCUGCAUUAAGAACUCCCCAAUAUAAUCUAAUAGAACCUAAGAAGAACUCACCAAUAUAACCUAAUAGAACCUAAGAAGAACCCACCAAAGGAACCGAAUGGUAUUGAACUGAAAUCUUGAAAAUCACAGCUUAUAACAACAAUAUCAAUGCUGUGAUGUUAUUAAUUAUGUCAUUACAUUUAGCUGAUUUUCAGUCUCCCUGCUCUCUCCUCUCCAAUAGGUCUGCCAUUUGUAGCAGCUCUCCCCUGGAAGUGGUUAUACCAAGACGGUGCUUUGAAAAUGGACAGAAAUGGUAUCUAAUCUUAGUCGAACUAUACCUUUGUGCUAUCUCUAAAAUACUUUCUUUGUUUAAUUUCUGUAAUGUUUUAUGAACACCCUAUAUGUUGUAUAUAACACUGAAAUGGGGAGAGGAUUUGAGCUAUUUAUAACACUAGGUCGUCUGUAUGUAAGAAGAUAACAUUUCUUUAUGGAUUUGAUUAAUUUACUUAAUUUUUUAUUUAUAAGGGCAAUUCUUUUUCUAUACUUUGUGUUCAUGGUAUACAGUAUUGGUUAAUUGGCUGUGGGGUGAAUCUUGUGAUUACAUUAAGAAUCCUUUUUCAUACACUUCCAUAUAUAUAUAUACAGUAUAUAUACAGGAAAUACACAGUAGAUAAAAGCAGAGACAAUACUGAGAAUUAGCAAAGGUACUUCAUCUGAGCUGUAGAGCUGAAUCAGAGACAGUAAUGUUUCCUGGGAGAGGAAAAUUAGUACAUGAGCUGCUAAUGCAUCGUUAUACAGAUACAUAACUUGUCAAUUAUAGGUAACUGACUCACUAUUAGCAGAGAUGGGGUGGAGGGGAUGCAGCAGCAGCCAUAAUGCACAUUGUGUGUUUGGGAGAGAAUAUACUGUACACAUCGCCAAAAGUCAAGUUCUUCCACACCAAUCUCGGCGAACCAUUUCACUAUCGACGUCUGUGCACGGGGCAUUGUCAUGCUGAAACAGGAAAGGGCCUUCCCCAAACUGUUGUCACAAAUUUGGAAGCACAGAAUCGUCAAGAAUGUCAUCGUAUGCUAUGGCGUUAAGAUUUCCCUUCACUGGAACUAAGGGGCCUAGCUCAAACCAUGAAAAGCAGCCCCAGACCAUUAUUCAUGCUUUACAGUUGGCACUAUGCA